AUGGCUGGUCCUGGCGGUGGUCCCCCUCGCAAGAGCCACACCAAGUCUCGCUUCGGCUGCAAGACCUGCAAGCGACGACAUAUCCGGUGUGAUGAGACCUUUCCUCAGUGCCGUAACUGCACCAAGCACAACUGCCGGUGCGAUUACAUGGACGUGGCCGCCAUCCAUGAUGAAUCUUCCGCCGCGCGGAAGUCCCCUGACCUUCUCAUGUCCGCCGAGAUCGAGCUGGAAAUCAAGAACUGGCACAUCACCGGCGUCGCUCCCUUCCCCGAGCUCGUUCAUUUCGCUCGCAGCUCCUGGAGCAAGCUGUCACGCACCGAUCUUCGCCUCGUCCACCACAUCAUCGGCCUCUCGAUCGAUCUGCAUCGGCGCGGCCUCAGUAACUGCACCAUCUGGGCACAGAAGAUGCCAAUUUUCCUUUCCAUUGCCGUCUCGUAUGACUUUGUCAUGAGCUCGAUCCUGGCCCUUUCCGCCUCGCAUCUCGCUUGGAUUACCCGAAAUAAGGAAACCAAGCAGCUCGCCUACCACCAUCGCGGGAUCGCCAUCCAAGGGUUGCAAAAGGCGCUGAGUGCCUUUUCGCGGGAAAACUGCGACGCUAUUCUUGCCGCCUCGAUCCUCCUAUCGUGGCAUGCCUCUGAGUGGCAAAGCUGGGCCUCUCUGCAGCAGGGCCUCACUACCGUCCUGAACUCCAUGCAUCCCAUGUGGAAACAGGAGUCCGAACUCGCCAUCUUCCUCGAAAACCAGCGGUAUCUGGGAUGCACCAACGCGCCGAUCAUGUCGGGGUACCGGUUCCAAGAUGAGGAUCUCGCCAGUCUCGACCAAACCAUCGUCGCCCUCCAGAACGCCCAGAAACAGGUCGCCCACAACCUCGAGCACUACCGUCGGCUGAGCGAGCUCGUCGAAUUUGUGCGCCAAUUCCGGAACGAUCUCCUGUCCCAGGCCCCCGAGCAGGCCUUUGAGCGCAUGCAGCCUCUGCGACGCUGGCUGUUUUGGCUCCCGCCGGCCAUGCUCCGCGGCGGGGACUCGGAUAUGGGCGCCCUCGCCAUUCUCGCGCAGUUCUUUGGCGUGGGAGUCGCUCUCGACAGUCUGUUCCCCGACCUGGGCGGAGCCUAUCUGGGGCCGCUCUCCGUCGGCCCGAUCGAGGAGAUCUACCGCGUGAUUGUAACGAGAAGCGCCACCGACCCGUUCAACCCCGAGUUGCAGCUCGCGUCCGCCUUGAUGGACCUCCCCAGUCAUAUUGUUGCCAAAUACAAAAGCCGCCUGCAGUGGUCCCCGCGAACCUCCAUCGACCACUUCACUCCUCCUCCCCCGAGCCCCUACCACAACAUCCAGGAUUACCGCAUAGCCUCCUCCUCGUCUCCGUCCUCCACCUCCGCCACUUACGCCCCCUACACGCCGCCUCUCCAAUCGCCCCCCGCCGUGACCAUCGCGAGCUCCCCGUUCGACAUGACCGGGACCUACGUGACGGCGCCGGGCCAGAAUCUCUACCCCCCUUCGCCGCGCCUACUCUCGGAUCCGCGUGAGGACCUGUCGGAUUACAGCCACGCAGGCUCGCUCCAGCAUUCUCCCGCAUUUCCACCCCCGCUCGUCGACGAGAUGGGCUGCAGCCUCUCUCGGGUCGACGAUUCCCUGGGACUGAACCUGCCGCUCUACGAUGACGCCGCCCACUCCGUGGUUGGGGGGUAUGGCACUCCGGAGCCGUGCUGGCCCGGCAGCAUCUCCACCUGA